UUGUGAGGCCAAGUCAGCCAGCCAUCGCAAAGGCACAUCCUCCUACCAUCAUCUUCUCUCCGAACUCACCACAGACCACCUUCUCUGUCCAACUUAGGCUUCUCAGGAUGGAUGUCACUCGCCUACUCCUGGCCACCCUCGUGGGCUUCUUAUGCUUCCUUGCCAUCUACUGCCACAUGGUACCUGAGGAGACACUCAGAGAUGACAGGAGUCUGAGGAGCAACUCCUCCAUGAACUCAUUGGAUUUCUCUUCUGUUUCUAUCGUGGCACUGAACAAAAAAUCCAAGAAGAUCAGCAGAAAAGAAGCCGAGAAGCAGAAGAGAUCCUCCAAGAAAAAGGCUUCGAUGAAGAAGGUGGCGCGGCCCCCGCCACCCACGCCCUGCGUGGCCACCCGAGACAGCUGCAAGCCGCCUGCGCCCGCCUGUUGCGACCCGUGCGCCUCCUGCCAGUGUCGCUUCUUCCGUAGUGCCUGCACCUGCCGCGCACUCAACCCCAACUGCUGAACGUGCUUCUGCGCUGCGCGCGCAGCUUCCGGGAUGGGUGACUGGGCGGGGCUUCAGGGUCGGGCGCUUCUGGGCUGAGGGAGGGGUCUAUGGUUCUCUGGUGGGUGGGACUUCGCGCGUGGGCGUGGGUGGUGGGUGCUUUCCGAUGGCAGAUGUUCAAGGAAAACUAAUGGAGGCUAAAAUCAGAAUACAGCAUGUUUAGGCUGCUGGGAA